AACCUAGACGAUCUGGGAGGAUUCGACGACGCCCUGCCUGGCACAGCGACUACGUGAUGGACUUCCCGGUGCGGAAGUCCAUCAGGCAGCAGAGGGUGGGGGCUGGAGAUGCUCUCCAACAGCCUGAGGAGAUGGCACUGCCACCUCUCCAGCCUGUGCUUGAUCUUCCUGAGGAGGAGCUAGAACAAACUGAAGAGAUGGCACUGCCAUCUACUCAGUCUGUGAUAGCUAAUCCUUUGGAAGACCUUGAACAGCCUGAGGAGAUUGCAGUGCCAGCUCCCAAGCCUGUGUUUGAUCUUCCUGAGAUGAAGCUUGAACAAACUGAAGGGAUGGCAGUGCUAUCCACUCAGUCUGUGAUAGCUCCUUCUCAGAGAGAUCAUGCUCUUGCACAUGCUUGGGAGAUGGCAUUGCCAUCUUCUCAGUCUCUUGGAGGUCAUCCUUCCUGGCUUCCAUCUCGAUGCUCGCCUUCCCUGGAAGUGAUUCCCCAGGAUAAGCCACCACCAGUGGGAAAGUAGGAGAUGGGAGGCAUCAUGAUGAUGGUGAGUGGUGUCCCUUUUCCCUCUUUUCCUUCUUUCUAACAUGUCUGUUCAUUAUUAACCUGUCUUGCUUCUUUCCCAUUCUCCUCCGUCACUUCUAACAUUCUUUUUUAUUAACCAUUUCCUCUCUGCUCAUUAACAUGUGUUUAUUAUUAACCAUUUCCUUUCUGCUUACUAACAUGUUCUACCUUUUUAACAUAUUCACCCGUCUUCCUUCUCUGUAACUUAUGAACCCUGUGUCUAAAUAUUUUUUCACACACCGGUAUUUAGACGUAGGGUUCAUGAGUUUAACAUUUCAUACUUCCUAUUAACAGGUCUCUCAUUUUCAGUUAACCCCCCC